UGAGUUAGACAAGUAUUCUAAUUUAUUUGAAACAAACUUUAAUAUGGUGCUUGGAUGCAUCUAUGUACAAGGUCCUUUGCUUAAAGAACACUAGCCUACAUUCCUCUCUUCUUCCAUCUCGCUCGAAGGAAGAAAAAAAAAAAAAAAAAAAAAAACGAGGCUGUGCUAUUGCUGUACCGUGCGGUCAAUCAGCAGCUCCAAACCGACUUACUCGAUUGCUUGAUGCUCGACAAUGUGUUCCUCUUCAAGUAAGUCCACUCCACAUGCAUUGCUCUAGUGUUUGCCAAUGUUUAUACUGUGCUAUUUUGUGCAUGAUCGCAUUCAGGACAGACCGCUGUAAGAAGGAUCUGGGCUCCACACCCAUGACCUCUUUAUUGGGAAGAUGUUGCGCUACUUCGCUUUGAGAUUUGCAUCGAGGUGAAUCGCCUUCGAUGGAACUGAAAAAAAAAUAAAAAAAAAUAGUUAGCUGGUUGAA